AGGCGAUGACGCGGCCUUUAUAAAACUGCCGGGUGGUUCGCUGGGGCCAGUGAUGGGCGCACGGUAGCAAACGUCAUGCUCAUUUCUCUAUCCUGCGCCUUCGUGCUCAGUACGCCGGAGUCUCCCUCUUCCCGAGCUCGGGUUAUUCAAAUCCGAUCAGUCUGGUGAAGUUUCAGUUCCGUCAGAGAGUCGACAUAGAGAGAAAGAGAGGAGAGAUGGCGGAGGCUGAGGCGACGCGGAUAAUGGCCGAGGCGACGCGGAUAAUGGUAGGGGUGAACCAGUCGACGAUCAAGGGCUACCCGCACGCUUCCAUCAGCAGCAGAGGCGCCUUCGAGUGGACUCUCCAGAAGAUCGUCCGCUCCAACACAUCCGGCUUCAAGCUCCUCUUCCUCCACGUCCAAGUGCCCGACGAAGACGGCUUUGAUGACAUGGAUAGCAUAUUUGCAUCCCCUGAUGACUUUAAGAGAAUGGAGAGGAGGGACAAGGCUAGAGGACUCCAUCUGCUGGAGUACUUUGUUAACAGAUGCCAUGAAGUGGGGAUAAGCUGUGAAGCCUGGAUCAGGAAGGGAGAUCCUAAGGAAGUAAUCUGUCACGAGGUGAAACGAGUGCAGCCUGAUCUUCUUGUUGUGGGAAGCAGGGGCCUUGGUCCUUUUCAGAGGGUGUUUGUUGGAACUGUAAGUGAAUUCUGCGCAAAGCAUGCUGAGUGCCCAGUCAUUACCAUCAAACGCCGAGCAGACGAGGCUCCUCAGGACCCUGUCGAUGACUGAUUCUCAUUUUCUCCACUCUAUGGCCUACAAGUCCAUCUGCAGUAGUGGAUUUUUAGGGAACCGCUUGCUUGGUUUAGGGAACUUUAGAUUCGUACAUCCGAGUUUCCAUGUAUGUCAAACAUAUUGUCCAUAUUAUCAUUGGAUUCAUACUUCCAGUGAGGUUGCUGCUUCUGUUCUGGCAGUAGUUCACAUUUCAGAAAAAUUUAGAUGGAUCAUAUUUUCUAGCAACAGUUGUGUGGGGGGUCUAUAUCAUGCCUCUUGGACCAUCUGAUUUAAUGUGAAAUUGCGUAAUGUCUGUGCAGUAUAAA